AAAUUAAAAAGUAUGCAAAUUUGUCUAUGCGUCAUCAUCAGCGAAACUUCGCGUGUGUGAUCAAGGAAGAUUAUUUAUAAUUCAGUUUUAAUUAUAGAUUUCUUUUACUUAUACAUCCCAAACUAAGUUUGGACAGUGCGGUUGUGUAUUGCGACGCUCCGUCGGCGCGCCACGAAUGCGGAAACAUGUGUUUUGAUGUGAACAUCAAAUCAUGAUACAUGACAACAAAUUAUAAUUUAUUAGAAUUUACGUCGGUAUUUAAUGUGUAUAGGAGUGAUAAAGGAUUGUUGUGCGAUCUUGUGGUAGUGGUGAUUACUACAGCGAAUCCGUGUGGGGUUGGUGAUAAGUGAUAAGUAGGGUCAUUUCCGGUGUGUUGUUCGUGAUGUGGGCGCCCCGGUGAGGUAUCCUGCUGCAUAAGUCUGACGUCCUGGUACCACCAUGGCGAACACAGGGAUCGGGGUCUCCUUUGACCCUAAUGACAUGACCAGCUGGUACUUCAGAGACCUGUCUCGCGCUGAGGCCACGAGGCUGCUCCUCAACGAGACGGAGAGUGGAGUGUUCCUCGUCAGGGACUCCAAAACUAUCACAGGAGACUAUGUGCUUUGUGUCAGAGAAGACGACCGAGUCUCCCACUAUAUAAUAAACCGCGUGGUGUCCGCGGACGGAACGAUUCGGUUCCGGAUCGGAGACCAGCUCUUCGCCGACAUGCCGGCGCUGCUGGCGUUCUACCGGCUUCACUACUUGGACACGACGCCCUUGGUCCGGCCGCUGCCGCAGGCACUGGCCAAGGUAGCCGCCCCACCGCCACCGCAGCCACAUCAGGUCUUGGAACUGGUCAUCGCGAAAUUUGAUUUCUCAGGAAAUGAUGCCGAUGACCUUCCAUUCCGCCGCGGAGAGCGGCUGAUGGUGAUCAACCGUGACGAGGAGCAGUGGUGGACAGCUCGCAACAGCGUCGGACGCACCGGCUCCAUACCCGUGCCUUAUGUGCAGAGGAUCCUGGACCCAUCAGGUGUGCCAUACCCACCGGCAGAGGCUCUCAACCACUUGGCGGACCCGCCCAGCCCGCCCAGCAACAAACACCCACAGCAGCGUACUAAUAUGCAGCGCACUCUCCCCGCACUGGCCCGGGUGAAGCAGCCCCGGGUGCCAAAUGCCUACGACAAGACAGCACUCAAACUGGAGGAGGGCGAUAUUAUUAAAGUGACAAAAAUCAACAUAAACGGCCAAUGGGAGGGCGAGCUACACGGCAAAAUCGGCCACUUCCCAUUCACAUGUGUCGAGUUCUUAGACGAGAAUCAGGCGAGUUAAAAUUGUGACGUCACGGGCCAUAGACAACGAGUCUAUGGCUCUCAUUCAUAGACUGUGCUCAUAGAUAAUGAGCUGUUAAUUUGCAAAUGCUACGGUGAAGUGAUUUUGAUGAUAUUUUUGAGUUUGGUAUUUUUAAAAGUAUCCGUUUUUGGACAUUGAAUUUUGGUUAUAGUAAUAUAGUACCUGAGUUAUCAAAGCAACUAUAUAUACUGUGUUAAGAGUACAUAAUUAAAA